AUGACGGAACAGAGUGAUGAAUGCCAGAAUGAAUUUCGUGCUUCGCCUUCAAAACUGUUGCCUAUCAUUCAAACUCAGUCUUCUCCAUCGCACAACUUCAAUGAUAUGUCGGAAACAACCUCCCCCCUCAGCUGCCCUGUUCAAGAUGUCGUCGAAUCUCUUCCGAUGUCGUCGUCGUCUCAAACAUCACAACGUGACAACAUGCGAGUUCAGUCCAAAAAAUCGAAAAGGAUAACUUGGACUACAGAAGAGCAUAGACGGUUUCUAGAAGCACUCAGUAAAUAUGAGAAAGGAAACUGGAAACAAAUUUCAGCAUAUAUUCAAACAAAAAAUGUAACUCAAGUAGCCAGUCAUGCACAAAAGUAUUUUAUCCGUCAAGGUAGAUCAGAAGAGCAAAAAAAGAGAAAAAGCAUUCAUGACAUGGUUUUGGAUACUAAUAUUGAUAAUGAGAAUUCAUCUUCUUCUAAAACAAAUCCUGCAAUUUCACAAUUUUAUGAGAUACAACCAUUGCAAAUACAACCACAACAAUCAAUACCUCCUACACAGUAUAACCAGAGACAACCACCGCAGGUGCAACCACUGCAAAGACAACCACUGCAAUCUGUACAUCAUACACAGUUUAACCAAAGACAAACACCACAGGUGCAACCACUGCAAUCAGUACAUCAUACACAGUUUAACAAGAUUCGACGAACACAUAGUGUAAUGGAGGCGAAUUCUUUCAACAAGAAAGCUCAUCAUCCUACACAGUUUGCCAAGAUGCAACCAGUACAUCCCAUGGCAAGUGUGAAUUCCAACAACAUAGUUCAUCAACCUGCACAGUUUAAUCCACCAACAACGAACGUCUUCCUGCAGGUUAAUCCCGUCAACACCAUAAUUCAUCAUCCCUCACAGUUUAAUCAAAUGCAACCGACAAGAGAAACAGUGUAUACUAAUGUUAAGAAUUGGUCAAGAGGAUGA